UCACUCACGCUCCCCCACAAUAAUCUGAAAAAAAGAGAAAGGAAAUCCCUUUUCAACUCAAUAAUCCAAUAAUCUCUUCUUCGUCCACUGCCACCGUCUUCCUGUUUUUGCUCCUCUCGAUGCCCUAAUUACUUGCCCUUGCCGGAACUUCCCAGGGCGCGUCGCCGCCGCCGCCGAUAUCCGUGGCACCAAACUUCCAAAGCUUGUCUUCUCUUGCUAUCUCUAGGGUUCGUUUGUUGUUUUCCCUUGUUGGGUUUUUGGAUUUGAAUCCGGAAUCGUUUAUUUGGGAUUUGGAUUGCGGAAUAAAAGAAUAACGACGGCGACGACGGCGUCGAAGGAUCUGUUAGGGCUUUAAUCUUAUGGCUGGGAGUCGUAAAAAGGGAGGGAACAAAGCAAAAGUUAAGAAUUUUAGUUUGGGCGAUCUCGUUCUCGCCAAAGUCAAGGGUUUCCCUGCUUGGCCUGCGAAGAUUAGCAGGCCUGAAGAUUGGGAGCGAGAUCCCGACCCUAAGAAGUGUUUUGUCCAAUUCUUUGGAACAGAAGAAAUAGCAUUUGUUGCCCCUGUCGAUAUUCAAGUGUUUACAAGUGAGACAAAGAGUAAAUUGUCUGCGAAGUGUAAAGUUGUUAGAACUAGGUACUUUGUCCAAGCUGUUAAAGAAAUAUGCGAGGCAUUUGAUGAGUUAUAUAAAGAGAAGUCCAAUGAUUUGAGAAAUGAAUCUGACAGACCAGAACCUCGCUGUGAGGCUUCAUCUGCUGGUGGGGUUGAGGACGAAGGCUCAAAGGCUGACUUAAAGAAUGGACCAGUUGCAGUAGCACUUGAUGAAGAUACCACUAUUUUAGGAAAAGGUGAAAGUAAUAGAGAACACAUAAAGCCUUUGAUUUCAGGUCAUGCAGAUGAUAGCUCAUCUCCUAUUAUGUCUUCUGAGGGAAAUGAUAAAAUUUCAAGUGAUGAUCAAGCUAAAAAGGAUGUGUUAUCUCCAGCAUCUUUAGAUGAGCCUUCUCAUAUGAAGGAGGAAAUCUCCGAUGAUAAAAUUAUUAUAUUCAAUUCCACUAAGAAAAUUUUGAGGGAUGAUCAGAUGUCAAAGAAGAUGGCUCCUGGGUUAAAGAAAAGAACCAAUCAAGGGCAGAAAAGCAGCAGCUCAGGUGCAACAUUAUCGAGGGAUGGUAAAUCUGGUGGUUGUCUUGAUCGGCCUGAUUCUGAGGAGCAAUUGAAGGAUAGACUACAAGGCAAAGUCUCAGAUGGCUCUGCAAGGAAAUUCUCUCCAGAUACUUUCAAAUCAAAUUCUAAUCACAAUAGUGGUAAAAAGGCAAAGGAAUUGCUGAAAAACAAAAGCAACUUGAAGGUCACUGAUGAUCUGAAGGAUGCUAUGGCUACUCCAAAAGGUGAGACUACUGGCAAGAAAAAAAGGGGUGAAACUGGACUUGGAAAGCCAAAAUCUGGAGGAGAUGAAGUUUUACAUCCUGGCAAAAAGCCAAAGGUUUUAGAUAUGAAAAAUGGGACUUCCAAGGGAUCUCUUGUCAAAAAAAUGAAAACUAAUUCUCCAAGCUCUAAAAAUGUCAAUGAGAUAGCAGCUAAACAGUCAGAGUCGAGGAAAUCCACUUCUCAUGUUUCAGUAUUGAAAGCUCGGGCAUCCGAUAUUUCUGAUGUUUCCAGUGAUGAAGCUGUGCUGCCCUUAUCAAAGCGCCAGCGGCUAGCUCUGGAGUCGAUGGUUGAUUCUAGUAAUUAUAACAAUAAAAUUGGAAAAAAUCCUGUUGAAUUGAAGAAUGACACUUCAAGUUCUGGUAAUGUGAAACUUCGUGCUACCCAAUUGCCCAGAAGGCGUAGAGCUGUUUGUCUUUUUGAUGAUGAUGAUGAAGAUCCCAAAACCCCACUUCAUGGAGGAUCUACCUGGGAUGCUAAAGUAACUUCUGUUGUUUCUUCUGCUUUAAAAAGCAUUGAUUUAAAUCACUCAACUGCUACUGAUGCCCAACAUGGUGUUGGAGAUUCCAGCCAAUAUGAGAACAGUGGUACCAAGGAGGCAUCUUCACAAUUGAUGAAUGAUUUUGUGUCACCUGUUCGACCACAAACUGUUGAAAGGAGGCUUUCUACUCAAGCCUCCACUCCUGAAAGAUCAGAAUCAGAACAGUUGUCUUCCAAGGAGGCAAAACAAGUCCUGAUUUCCCCAAUGAAGUCUCCUUAUCUGGUUUCUGCCACAAAACAAGUUGAACAACACAAAACUGCCAAAGCUGCUGUCAAGGUUUCGAGUAAUGGAAUUCAGAAAAAGGCUCCACCUGGCUCUGUCAAGGGAUCGGGUGUGACGACUGAUGGCUCAAAGUCUUCUCAAAAUCAGGUUACGAGUCAAAGAUAUCGACAAGCUUCUUCCGUAGAGAGAUUGAAAUCUACUCCAAAAGCAGUUUCACGUGUAAAUGAUACCAAUUUUGUUACUGAAACUUCAAUGGAAUUUGACAUCUUUAGAGAAGAUAGAAGUGGCUUGUUGAUUGAUUCCAAAAAUCCAGAUUCUGCUACGUCAAUGAAGCAUCUUAUUGCCGCUGCUCAGGCGAAAAGGAGACAAGCUCACUCUCAACAGUAUUCUCUAGGAAAUCCUAGUUCUGUGUUUCUGUCGAUGUCUGAGGUUCUUGGAAUGAGCUCCAGUCCUACAGUUCAGCCUUUUCCCUCUGCGAUCAACAAUGAAGUGCAGGCUGAUGUGCAGGGAUUUGUUCAUCCAACAAUUAUAGUUUCUCCACCAAAUCUCGGUCGUCAGUCAGGAUCCCAAAAUCAACAGGAUACCGAGGAGAUUGAAGAGAGAAGACCUAGUUCAGGACACAUUACAGCUGGUGGCUCUCUCAGUGGUGGUACCGAGGCAUCAGUUGCUCGAGAUGCUUUUGAAGGAAUGAUAGAGACUUUAUCAAGGACCAAAGAAAGUAUUGGACGAGCAACUCGCCUUGCUAUUGAUUGUGCUAAGUAUGGCAUUGCAAAUGAAGUUGUUGAGCUUCUCAUCCGGAAGCUGGAAAGUGAGCCCAGUUUUCAUCGUAAAGUUGACCUGUUCUUUCUUGUUGAUUCAAUCACCCAAUGCUCAUAUAAUCAGAAAGGCAUUGCUGGUGCUUCAUAUAUUCCUACUGUUCAAAUGGCACUGCCCCGUCUCCUGGGUGCAGCUGCUCCACCUGGAACAAGUGCUCGUGAAAACCGUCGUCAAUGCCUCAAGGUUUUACGGUUGUGGCUUGAGAGGAAAAUUUUUCCUGAAACAAUUCUGCGGCGUUAUAUGGAUGACAUUGGAGUUUCAAAUGAUGAUGCAAUCUCAGGGUUUUCCCUAAGGCACCCGUCUCGAGCUGAACGUGCUAUAGAUGAUCCUAUAAGAGAAAUGGAAGGCAUGCUUGUCGAUGAGUAUGGAAGUAAUGCUACAUUUCAGCUGCCUGGCCUUUUGUCUUCAAAUGCAUUUGAAGACGACGAGGAAGAUCUUUCAGACAGUCCUUGUGGAGAAGCUGUUGAUGCAUCACCUCUAGAAACAACUCAGAUUUCGGCAGAGUUAGAACUGUGUACGGUUACUCCAAGUGACAGGCGUCAUUGCAUCUUAGAAGAUGUGGAUGGUGAGCUUGAAAUGGAAGAUGUUUCUGCACACCAGAAGGAUGACAGACCAUCAUUCACUGAUGAUACUCUUGAAAAGGACAUGCAACAGCUAGACACUGAUAAGAUUAUGGAACCUUCUUCAAAUAGCUCUGACGGAUUCCCUCCUCUACCUGAGGGAUCCCCGCCAUUGCCCCCAGAUUCUCCUCCACCCUUACCACCUUUGCCACCUUCACCACCUCCAACCCAGCCCCCAGCAUCUCCAUCACCACCCCCACCCCCACCUCCUCUACCCUUACCAACACAACCACCUCCUCCGCUUGCGUUGCCUUCAUGCCCUCCUCCAGACUUCAUACCCCAACCACCAUUGCCCCCUCAACCUUCACUGCUAUCUCAACCCAUGGUAGCACCCCAGUCAUCGAUGCAGUCUUCACCGCUGUUGGCGUAUCAACCACCUGUACAUGAAUUUCGGGGUACACUAGAUGGUAAUCAUAUAGUUCAAAUGGGUGGAACUGCUCCUCAUGGAGGCCGUGUAGAUGUUGCUGUGAAAAGUGAAUUGUUUCUGCAACAAUCACCUUGCUUUCCUUCAAGAGGCCGAGAGCCUUCUGGAUGUAGUUCUUCAAGGCAAUUGGAAUAUGGACAUAAUGAAAUGUACUUAAAUGCCCAAUCAUCUCAACCAAUUCAACAAUUUCAACCUAGUAAUACAGCCUUGGUGCAAAGACCUCUACCCCCGAGUCUGCCACAAACUUCAUCUAAUCAUUUCUCAUUCGUGAAGCCUUCCAUGCGACCACAUCCUCAGCAUUCAUAUCCUCCUCAAUACUCAAUGCCAUUACAACAUGAUGGCCACAGGCCAUUUUUUGCUGAUGAGCAGUGGAGAAUGCCUGCCGGAGAUUAUAAUACUGAUAAUCACAGCGGGUGGAUUGCAGGAAGAAAUCCACCAUCUUCUGGUCCAUUGUUUGUCCAGGAAGGUUAUUUUAGACCUCCUGUUGAAAGGCCAUCCUCAAGUAAUAUGGGUUAUCCUAUUGCUUCCACCAAUAAUCUACCAGCUGGAGCUCCAAAUUCAGGUCAUGGUGUUUCACCAAUAAUUCCAUGUCGACCAGACAUGUCUGCUGUUAACAGUUGGAGGCCAUCUCGAGAAUAAGGAAAUAAUCGUAUUAGCUGGCUUCGAGAAAUGUUUCAUUGAAGGGUGGCUCAUUUUGUGGAUAAAAUACAAUUAUCACAUGAAGGCUGUGUUGAUAACUUGUGGAGACUCUUGGCAGGAUUGUGUAUAUUGUAAUUUUUCCUGACAAAUGUAUUCCAGGAACAUUUGCUUCUGACUGUAGCCCAUAUUUCUGACUUGGUUUUGAAAAUGACAAUCUGAAAAUCUCUAGCUAUGGUGAUACAACACGGAUAUCCACCAAUGUUGACAGGUCGUAAAGCGCAGAGCAAACUACUGCAAAAUUGAAGUGAUUCUCGCAUACGAAAGGUGCGCGUCUUGUGCCUAAGCUCCAGGGACCUUUUGCGCCUCGGCGCGUCUUGCGCUCUUGAAAACCAAGAUUCAAAGAAAAACGACGGGUCAGCAACAUAGGUGA